AUGCCGCCCUGGAGGCGACCAGAGCCGAUGGGGCCUAUGCCCUACUAUUCGCCGGAAUCCUACAUGCACCCACAGCCUGCGAGCUACAUGCACCCACAGCCAGUGGAGCCAGCGGACAUGCAACCUGCACAGCCGGAAGAAGAGCACCCAAAGAUGGUGACGAGGCAUGUGAAGUACCUGCCUCUCUCGCCUAUUGGCUGGGGCAUGAUCGCCGAUGAUGAAGGCGUGCAGGUUCGUCAGCUCACAUCCGACCUCAAGGGCUGCGAGGGCGAGUGCACCAAGGAUGAAAAGAUCUGGAGUCGGGUGAGUCGAGCAUGCUUGCAGCUGCUUGCAGCUGCCAGCAGAUUCCGGUCGUCUUUGGGUUCCGGGGUUCGUGCUCUUGACAAGAGCGCGUUUGCGGGCCCUCUCCUGAACGUAGACCCUCCCUCAAGCAUCGUGCAGCCGACGGUCCCGGCGACGACAGGCUUCAUUUUGGCUUUUGUGAGUGUAAGUGUGGAGCUCGGCACAGGGAUUGGCCGGCGAACGGUGAAGCCGAAAAGGCGAAAAGGACCCAAAGUGGCAAUGCUGGAGGUGUCAAAGUCAAUUGCAGAGCUCAG